UGUUAUCCGACUAGACGAUCUAGUGGCGUAAUGAUCAAAGUUCAAUUUAAGGUGCUGGCUGUGCCAUGAUGACUUCCACAUCGUUCAAUGGAUGAAAACAAACUUUAGAUUUUUUUUUAGCAACAAAUAGACCCGUCUUGUGGAACAUCGCCAGAAAAAUGCACUGGUCCCAGGGUCCCUGAACACAACAAGUUGCAGACUUCACUCGUUGAGCGCAGUGAUAACAACAAAAACAUCAUGUACAACUCCACUGACGCCUUCUCCCAGGUGGCGUUCAAGGACGUCCCGCAAUCGUACCCACUUGCUACCACAAUUAAUUGCUGCUACACACUCGCUGCACACUUCCAACCAAGUCCACGCGACUGGGUCGGAAUCUUUAAGGUGGGAUGGAGUACCAUCAAGGACUAUCACACUUUUAUGUGGGUGGAGUCGUGCGGGGACUCGAACCAAGAACCAUCAUCUACAAGGCACGCUUAUUUCAAAGAAUACUACCUGCCCAAGGAUGACUUGGACUUCUACCAGUUCUGCUACGUGAACAGCUCAGGACAAGUGUGUGGCGCCAGCACGCCCUUCUGCUUCAAAUCGCAGCAUCCCAACGACGAGCAAAAUGCAGCCAAUGGCUCAGACAAUGAUGACCUGAUGGUCAUUACCACGCAGGAAGAGGUGGAGCAGAGCGAUCGGGAAAUUGCAGCGUUGAAGGACGAGGCGCAUCGCAUCCGACAGCAAAAUGAAGAGUUGGAAACAGCUUUGCGGGAAGAGAGACGAGAAGCCGCCAUCUUGAAGGACAAACACGAUGAACUGGCCUCAGAACUUUAUUCGACGAAGCAGCAGCACGAGCGUCUUUUGAGUACUUGGCAGGAGCAAGAGGAAGAAAUCCAACGUUUGAAGGAGAUGCUGACCCACAUGAACAAUCAGGUGGAACUUCAGGAACAGAACCUUGCUGAGUGCACAGAUUCUGAUCGCAAAGGUGACGACGGUGGACUGCUGCUACAAAUUGAGCUGCAACUCCGAGAAGCUCAAGCGUUGAUUGCAAACAAGGACGCCGUGAUCGAGGAGAAGAACAACUUGACGGCCGUGUUGAAACGCCACAACCAGGAGCUUGCUCAAGAGAACCAAAAGCUCACAGAUGACAUGGAGGAGCUGCGCAAGACUUUAGAUGACCUUCAAAAGCGGUUGACUGCACGCUCGGUGAAGCCAGAAGCAACGGAGAUGUGUGACAUUUCGGAUGACACACCUGUUGUGAGCAUUGUUGACAAUGAUGAGCAAGACCAGCCAACCCUAAUGUGCUGUCACUGCCUGGAGAGCUUCCCAGGAAGUACGCGGGCGGAGGUGGAAUGUCACGAGCGCAAUCACAGAGUGUGUCCUUUCUGCACGCUCAUCUGCGACGACAUGGAGCAGAAUGUGUUUGAAGACCAUGUCUACAGUCACGAGAUGUGACCUUAAAAAACACCCGCUAAAUCUAAAAGCAGUAUAAUUACAGCUAAAGCUUUGCACAGUCUUAAAGAAAUCACAAGAUGUAUUUUUAUUCAUGUGAAAACAGCUCAACUGUUCUUGAAAACAUUACACUGUUUUCCGGCUA